AUGAGUUAUAUUGAUCUUGAAAAAGCAGUUUAUCGUCUGGAAAAAAAAAAUGUCUUAAAAAAGUACGAGUCAAAAGCAAUAUUCGCCGACGAUAUCAAAAAGACCCUUGAUCAAUUGGAAGCCACCUAUAAGGAACUCAAGAAACAAACUUCAAACAUCGUAUUCAAGGAAAUGAAUGGAGCUCGUAAACAGUAUGAACGAGCAGCUCGUAUAGCAGAGAUCUACAAACAGCAGUGUGACAGACUUCGAAAUCUUCACGAACAACAAGACAAGAUGCUAACAAGUAUCUUUGGUCCCGAUUAUGCCAGUGAAAAGGAGAAUCGGCUAGAAGCAGAAUUAGACGAUACAACUGAGUGGCAGCAACGUGUUUCUCUCGCCAAAUUUAAGUGGACUAAUGGACGAAUUUUGCUUCGGAUAUCUUGUAGGAAUACUCGAAUGCGAUAUUUUGCUGCUGCUGAAGCACGCAACAAUUUUAUUGCAGCUGGACAAAAUGUGCAGUCGUGCAGAAUCUAUCUAGGAAAGGUCAAGUUUCCUUACUGUACGGAAGAAGAGAUGGCCGAGAUGGAAAAAACGAUAAAUACAGCGUUCAAUGACAUUCAGUCAAAUGAAACACUAAAAAAAGCGCUGUCGGUGUACAAACACACUCAUAAAAAGGUAGCAGCUUUAGUACAGUGGUUUGACAAAGUCAUUAACGAAACAAUUUUAAAAGACCUAGAGAAAGCAAAUAAUGAAAUUAUCAAAAAGCAAAAGCAGUUACGUGAAGAACGUCUUUCGUUGAUGAAAAAACGAGUGAAAGAAGCAAUGGGAAAAGAAUUAACUUUUGAUUACGACGACGACACAGUGGAUGAGUUAGACCAAGAGCUUCUAGCCCUUGAAGCUGAUAAGGCUGAAGAUGACGACCAGCUUCCUGGAAAACAGUUAACAGAAAUCUUAAACCUUUCGCAACCAAAUGGAAGAGACCCAACUCCGGUAUCACAGUCGAAGUUAGCGCCGAUACCUGACAAAGACGCUCUUUUUGGUGGAAAUAAAGAGAUAGAAGAAAAACGGGGCAUUACAGGAGAUGUCAAACAGAAGCUUGAUGAAUAUGAUAGCACAAGAAAAGCCAUUGAAAAACGAAACUUGCUGGAACGCGAAAAACAAGAGAUAGAAUUAAAAGUUAGUUUUUUUUAACA